GAACCCAGAAAGCAGCAAAACAAGGCAAACCAACCAGGCCAGCAAGAGCAGCAGGAACACUCAUUCACACAACCCAGCUCAUACGUUUCAUUCACCCGCCACGUGUCCACACUCACGAUUUCCAUAAGCAUACACAAUCGAACACACAGAAGGCAUAUUCCUCCACAGUCGUCUCCGAGUCUCUCUCUCUUCCUCUAAAUCCCCUGUUUGACAUAGAACAAGUCUUACCUUUGCUUCCUCUCUCAAACAACCCACCAGCUCAAGACGACUCAAACAAAGCCUCAGGCUUUAGAUCCAUUCCUUCAUUCAAUUCAACCAAUCAUGGCGACCGCUGAUGUCCUCAACAGAGAAGAAGCCCUCUUCCUCUCCUCUCCUAUCCAUGAACCCAGAAAAGGUGACAGUAGUGUCAAAUCUCGUGGAAUGUCGGUUGAGAAGAAGAUUGAGAUUCUGGAGAGCUUGGCUGGAACGGUUAGCAACCGCCGGUCUCGAAGAUGGUUAAAUGAUCGCCUCUUGAUGGAACUCGUUCCUCGUCUGAACGCAGAAGAAAUUAGAGGCUUGUUUGCUCCACCACCUUUUGGUGAUGAUGUACCGCUGUCACCAUUUUGCAUGACCAAUGUGCCAGAGUGGGACACAUUUAGGAAUAUAGACAUGGAUAAACAGGCUAAGAUCAUUGAUUCCCAAGAGAGCACUGUAACCAAGAAGGGCAAUGUUGAUGCUGAUAAAAUGGCUGUCUUGAAUGCAUGGCGUAGGGUGGAUUCUCGAACAAGGGAGGCACUUCGCCGCAGUGUUGUUUCAGAACUUGUUGAGGGAUAUGAGGAGCGUAUACGUGGUUAUUUAACAGAGACUGGAGAAGCAGAUGCAGACUCUCUCAUCCUACGGGUUCAAGACCCUUUUCGUCGAUUACUGCUGCAUGGCGUUUGUGAGGUGGAUGCUUUCACUGAGUCAGCUUUCAAGGGCAACCCGGCAGCAGUUUGCUUGUUGGAGGAAGACAGAGACGACCAGUGGCUGCAAGCUCUGGCUGCUGAGUUCAAUCUCUCCGAAACCUGUUACUUGACUCGGCUCAGUGACUCAGUUUCUGACCCUGCCUUGUCUUCUACUCCAGCUAGGUUCCGUCUCAGAUGGUUCACACCAGUCACUGAGGUUGAUCUGUGUGGCCAUGCUACAUUAGCAGCUGCAUCUACCCUUUUUAAGUCUGGUUUGGUAAAUACAGAUAUUAUUGAAUUUUCCACAUUAUCUGGAAUUUUAACAGCUAAAAAGGUUCCAGAUGGUGUUGAGGUAGCCAAUGGUGAAGCACAAGACUCCUACUUUAUUGAACUGAAUUUUCCAGCUGAUCCAUCAAAUGAAUUCAAUUCCACUGAUGCUUUGUUAAUAUCCAAUGCCUUGGGUGGUGCUUCAGUCAUUGAUAUAAGGAGGACAACUGUCACGGAUGAUUUGCUUGUUCUGCUUCCAUCAGGAAAAGCUGUUCUAGAUUUACUGCCACAGUAUGAUGAAAUCAAAAAGUGUCCAGGAACAAGGGGAGUAAUUGUUACAGCGGUUGCUCCUCCGGAGUCUGGAUAUGAUUUUUACAGUAGAUUCUUUUGUCCUACAAAUGGCAUUGGUGAGGAUCCUGUUUGUGGGAGCGCACAUUGUGCCUUAGCAUCAUACUGGUGCAACAAGCUGGGAAAGUGUGAUCUUGUUGCAUAUGCGGCAUCACCUAGAGGAGGAACAAUAAACAUUCAUCUGGAUGAGCAGAAUCAAAGGGUGCUGCUGCGAGGGAAAGCUGUGACUGUGAUGGAAGGAACUGUGUUAGUUUAGUAAACUUUCUUGUUGUUUACGUUUUCAAGUAGUUGAAAAUUUGAAAUAAAUUACUUGUCUGACGGGAAUACACCUUAAAUUUGACGAGCCAGCUCGUUUAUAUAUGUCUGAUAUAGUGAUAUACAGCUUUCAAUUUUGUGACC